UCGAAUCCCAGUUUUAUUUCUCCUCCUUCCAUUCUCCAUUCCAUAUUCAAAAGCGCAAGAAAGAAAACCCAGACAGAGAGAGAAUUGAAGAAGAAGUUCAAGAAAACCUUCCACAAUGGUUUUGGAGUUCACAGUCGUCAACGCCACCAAACUGAGACAAGCAGUGGAUGCCUUGCCUGCGGGUAAAUUGAGGUACGUGAUUCUGAUGUGGAGCCCUCAAUUCUUUGCAAUCCAAUGUUUUCUUGAUCAAAGGCUUCCCGCUGGACAAAACCCUACUGCCCUCCUCAAGCUCGCUCCAGAGUCCUUCUCCGAAUACAAAUCAACAGACGACUUCUACCACGCAGCUGUUGACUUUGUAGACCUUAUGACUCUUCUUAACUUAACCGACACUGGUGAUACUAUCCGAUUCUCUGAGAUGGCUGAGCCAAUUGCUUCUUCACCCAAUCCGUUGGGGUUCCUGUGUGCCCAUGUCAGCACGCCUGCACAGGAUGAUCCGGAAGAAGAGAUUACCUUCAUGGUAGAGCUGAAAAUAUAUGGACAUUUACCAGAAAAGAUGCUCAGAUCUGCAGAUGUAUCCCAUGAUCCUUCUUCCUCCCCCCUCCCCCCUGUAGCCACCUUCGUUGCGCUUGCUUUUUUCAAAAUGAUGGCUUUAAUCAACCCUUCUAACGAGGAACCAGUGACAAUAACAGCGGCGCAAGGGAGAGUGUUCUUCAAUUUGGUAGGAAAACCUUUGAAAGAUUCACUGGUGAUGAAGGCGGAGGGCGGGCUGAUAUCACAAAGAGGGGAUAUUGUGGGAGCGAAUAUGGUGCAUUGUGUGAUUCCGAUGAAAUACGUGGAUGUCUUCCAAACCACCGACCUCUCAUCUGAAGUCUCCCUCUACCGCCGGCCGGCGGGAGCGACCUUGUUGUGGUUCAAACUUGACCCGCCCCUCACUUUUCUGCACGGAGACCUUAUCCACUACUUCGAUUGAAUUGCUCAAUCCCAGUUAAUUACUGAUAUAUACGAUCGAUUCAAGUAUAUAAAACACACUGACAUGCAACUAAGGUAGCUAGUAAAUACAAAACGCAAAAUUUGCAGUGUAUUUUCAUUUUCGAUCUGUU